AUGAACUCGCUGUUGUUCCUGUACCUGAACUUGAUCCGUGGACCUCAGAUCGUGGCUGCUCGGCGCGAGAAGGAGGAGAAGGAGAAGCGUGCGCAGCUGGAGGCCGAUAUCGCGAGCGGUAAAGUUCCCGGGCUAGCAAGUUGUAAGAGGUGUGACGCAGUCGUGGACCGCCUGUCGUUACCACUCGAUGCCACGCCCACUUGUGCAGCAUGUAGAACCAAAGAGGAAAAAGAGCUGCACGUGAACAAGAUGGCGAUGCGGAUCCAAUGUCAGAUGUCGCCUUUUCUAUGGUUCCAAGCGUUUAUCAUCCUGCUCGGCCUCGCCGUCUUCUGUCACCGCAACGUCGUGUCACUGUUCUGA